UUGACCCACACACAACAUCCUUCUUCCAAAAUUGAAUGUGUUAACCAAGGAGCGAUAAGAUGGAGUGAACAAAAAGCAGUUCCUUGGAAAUCAUUUAUCUUUUCUACCGUCCAUUAAAAGGAACCGCUCCUUAGUGAACGACACAUCUCUGCUCUGAGAAUAAUUUUGCAAAGAAUGAUAUACAAAUUAAAUUAUAAAAUGAAAUGAGUGUAUUUUUCUCAAGAUUUUGUGAUAUUAAUUAGUUUACAAAGCAUUAUUAUGUGUAUUUAAGAACUGUAUUAUUUAAUUAAACAUGAUAAUUAAAAGUGUCUGUAAUUUAGAUUGCAUAAAAUGCUUUGAUCUUUUGAAGUACAAGUUUAAGGGAUAUUUGUUGAAUACAUCAAUAAAACCCAUUUCAAAUGGAAAUUUUUAUUCAACUUCAACUGAGAAAAGUUAUAAAACUGGUUUAACUGUUUAUGACUCAGGUGUCAGGAAAAAAGUAGAAUUCUGUACAGUCCUUCCUAAAACUGUCUUAUGGUAUUGUUGUGGACCCACAGUUUAUGAUUCAGCACAUCUUGGACAUGCAUGCUCAUUCAUGCAUUUCGAUAUCAUCAGAAGAAUUAUGGAGCAUUAUUUUGGGUUAAAUGUCAUUAUGGUAAUGAACAUCACUGAUAUAGAUGAUAAAAUUAUUAACAAAGCAAAUGAAUUACAGCAGCCUUGUCAAAGGAUUUCACACCACUAUGAAAAGGAAUUUUUCGAAGAUAUGCAUAAAUUAAACAUUUUACCUCCAUCUAUUACAGCUAGAGUAACAGACAAUAUUCCUGAGAUUCUAGAUUUUAUUAAUGGAAUUAUGGAUAAUGGUUUGGCCUAUGCUACAUCUGAUGGAUCUAUUUAUUUUAAUUUAGGCAAAUACUCUGGGUAUGGGAAAUUUUCUCCAAAACAAGAAUCAGAUUCUAGUCAACAAUCAAAACUUGGAAGUGAAGAUUUUGCACUGUGGAAAAGUUCUAAAUCAGGUGAACCAUUUUGGGAAAGUCCAUGGGGUAAAGGAAGGCCUGGUUGGCACAUUGAAUGCUCUACUAUAGCUUGCAAAUAUCUUGGUCAUUCCAUUGAUAUACAUUCUGGUGGAAUAGACCUUAAAUUUCCACAUCACGAAAAUGAAGAAGCUCAAUGUUGUGCUAGGUUUGGAAUACCUAAAUGGGUUAAUUACUGGAUGCAUACAGGUCAUUUAUUUUCAAAAGGAGCUGAAAAAAUGUCUAAAUCUUUGAAAAACACUGUUUCCAUUCGUGAUUUCUUGAAUAGCUACACAGCAAAUGUAUUAAGAAUAUUCUGUCUGCUUAUACCAUAUCGAAACGGUGUUGAAUUAAGAAAAGAGACACUUGAUAAAGCUUUUGCCAUGGAAAGGACAAUUUCACAAUUUUUGCUUGAUUUAGAAUCAAUAAUCAGAGAGGGAAAAAAAGUUAAUUUUGAUGAACAGCUACUGUUUAAGGUUCUCCAUGAAACAGAAGAGAAAAUUAUAGUGAGCUUCAGUGAUGAUUUUAGUACAAAUAAGGCAUUGUCUGAACUAUUUCAUCUGAUAUCAACCACUAAUUCAAUGAUAAAAUCAUCAAAUGAGGAAUAUAAUACCAAGUCUCUGUAUUGCUUGGCAGCCAUUCUAAAUUUCACCAGUUCUACAUUGAAAAAUCUUGGUUACGAUUACAUUGAUAAGAAAAACAUAGCUUAUGAAGAAGUUGAAGAUUUAAUCACAUCUACAAUUCAAUUUAGGUCUGAGAUACGCGAAGCCGCUCUUGAAAUAAAUAAAAAUCAGCCAAAGGAGCUAUUGGAGAAAAAAAAAACCUUACUUAAGGCAUGUGAUAAUAUGAGAGAUAACUUUCUCAAUUGUGGCAUUGAAUUGAAGGAUAAUGGGAAGACUACAACUUGGAGGUACACUGAAAGAAAAAUUAAUGCAACUACUAAAACUUAACAUUCAAGUUAAUUUUACAAUUUAAACAAAUGUUUUACUAUUUAUUAGUUAAAACUACAGAUUUUUUAGUUUUUUUACGUCACCAACAUACAAAUAUCAUUUAACAGAACACUUUUUUUUAUGAAUAUAUAAUUUUGAAACCUAUCCCUCAAUAAUAUUAUGCAUCAUCUGUUAUAAAAAGUUAUUCAUUAUGAUUUUCGAUAUUUAUUUUCAUUUUGUCAGAUGAAAUCAAAUGUAACUAUGUAGUUUUUAUUUUAAAAUACAUCUAAAUUACAAAUACCUAAUCAAUGUAGUCUGAUAAAUUCAAAUAAAAUACAAAAAUGUGACAUUUAUACCAAUUUGACAGUUUAUUCAAUGAAACCUUCCUGUACGCAAUUAUGCUUGUUUUCUUUGCAUCUGCCUUAUUAUUAACAGCAUUGUUAGGUUUGGUUUUACCUAAAUUGAGGGAAAGAAGCAUCUAUAAAGCAGUCAAGAAGCCCAUCCUUGGAAAUGAACUAAAAGGCAGUGAAGAUAAUGUAGGAAAUAUUUUACAGCGAAAUGCAUAUGAUGAGGAAGAGUUUGAACAGUCAAUAAACAAAUUAGAAGUAAUUGAAAACGACAUAAAUGAAUUGAAAAAUCAAGCUAAUCAGGUGAAGUACAGCUACCGUUUGGCGAUCAUUCAGUUGAUUGAAACCUUACAAAUGCUUGAAAAGUCACUUCAGGAAGACCAUGUUGUGUUGUCGACUCUAGAGAACCAGUUGCUAUAAAUUUACCAUGGCUAAACGCAGACACUGACUCUUCAGCAGCAAGGUUUAAUUCAAGUUAACCUUAUAGACUGAUAAUUUUAGGGUUUGAAAUCUUUUUCUUUUUGAGCACAGUGCCAAAUAUAAAAUUUGUUUCAUCAGAACUUUCCAAAUUGAGCUCUUCCCUUAUUCUGCAUAAUGCUCAGAUCUCAGACUUAAUAUUAUUUAUACCAGCCAUUGUCUCACUUUGAACAACAUCCUUCAUUAGUUUCCAGGACUUGACAUGAUUGUUUGACUCCCAUUUUAUGGAACGAUCUGACACAAAAUCCAAUGAAAAAUCAAAGAGGCUCAGAAGAAGGUGAUAUUGAAAAGAACACCUCGAUAUUUUCCAGUUCAUUAAUAAGAGUAUUAAUGACAGAAAUACCUACUUUGGUUAUUUUAUAGCUACCUAGAUAUUUAUAUCUUGCAACUAUGACAGGAACACCCCAAAACACACUUCACGUUCCUUUGUAUAAAAUUUGUUGCCUUAUUCCAUACCAUACAAAUGAACAUGAUAUGGUCUAUUUGUCUUCAGAUUCAGAAAUAAAUAAAUUUUUGCAGGUUCACGGUAUAGGGGAUAAGUUUGGAGUUGAUUCUGGAAGAAGCUCAAUCGCUACAUGUACAGAAGAUCUACCAGUUGUACCUGAAACUAGAAAAAUUGUCAUUUCUAAUGAUGUGAGAGGAAAAUGUAAUAAAACCUAUGAUCGCCAAAUCCAGUACAAUUGGAAGAAUAUUAACAAUUUAGAUUGUUAUAGAAACGAAAUUGUUCCAUGGCAUAAGUGCAGCAAAAAUGGAUCUGUUGUCCAUUUCUGCAAAAAAAGUAACUCUAGUUUAUCCAAUGAUACAAACAAUUGUUAUCUAUCUCAAAAUAUGAACAAAAAAACACCAACAGCUAUUCCUAAAAACCCUGAUCUUGAAGCUAAUGGAAACAUUACACCGAGCAAUUCUAGCAACCUGAAAAAAGUAUGCCAGAAAGAUGAAAUCGUUAAGAAGAAAAAAUCAUACAGCUUCACAAAUAAAAGUUUUAUUAGAUUGUUAAAAAAAAGGAAUAAAAAUUUGCGCACAUCUGUUAUCAAACCAAAAAAAGAAAUAGUGAUGAAAGAAAAAUUUACAGAUAUGACUGAUAAAUCAUCAAUUGAUACAAAAAUUUCAUUAUUGACAGAAUCUGUUGUGUGUGAAACUAGCACAGAAAGUUACACAACAGGAGGGUUGGCUGAUGCUCUUCAAGAAAAAGUUGUUUUAGAGGAAGCAAAAGAAGGAGAAACUCAUGUUACAUCAGCCAAUACUACAGUAAUGUACCCCAAAGUCAAUUCUUUAUUAAAAGAAGGUCAUAUCAAUAAUAAUGAUAAUAAAGAUGUUCAAUUAAAAGAAGAGAACGAAGAUGUUACCAAUACCGAUGAAUUGUCAGAUACUUCAUCAGAUCAGUCCAGCACAUUUGAUUGCAAUAAAGAAGAACAAAAUAACUAUAAUGGGGAUCUGACUUUUUAUGAAAGUCCCUCAAAAUUUGUUGAAAAUAUGUCGGAAUGUGUAAUGCGAAAAUUUAUUGAAGAAGAAUGUGAGGAUACUUGGCUUAAGUUGUAUGAAGGUAAAAAAAUACCUAAGAAGUACCUCGGUAUUGACAAAGACUUGAGUGAACUAUAUGUUCUGAAGAAAAUGGCAAAGCAUGAAACUACAACCUGCUUAAUAUCACACUUAACCCCAAGACAGAAGAGACUGCUUGCAAAAGGUAUUGUUCAUACACUUGAUGAAUUCAAUAUCAAGGGUUCGCGAUGGGGUGGCUUAUCCCGAGAAAUUUUAAAAAAUGUUUGCAAACUCUUUAAGAUUCAACAGGGUUUAUUCUCAUAAAAACUAUUAACUAAAAUAAAUAAUACCCAUAUAUACACCAGUUUUCCUAGUCUUAUCCCUCUAUUUAAUUUAAGCUUCUAUUCUCAGAAUAUUUUUUCCUGGAAAUUUGUUUGAUGUUCAUCAUUUCGUAUUUUUUAAAACUAUUUUUAUUUUAUUUCUUUGGAGAAUAUUGAGUUAUUAAACUUUGAAUGAAUUAAGUAAAACAAAACCCCAAAACUAUGAGAAACAUACACUCAAACCUGUUUAGAAGAGACUUUCAUUUGUAAUUUGGAAAUAAUGACAUUUAGUACCUUUUGCAAUCCUAUUUCAGGUCAGAGGAGAAUAUUUCUCUUUUACAAAGUUUUGUAUAUGAUGGAAUGACUUUAACAAAUGUGCAAAUUUUUUACAAACAGAAAUAUAAACAGUUGAAUAAAUGUACUAAUCAUACUAUAUUAAUAAAAUACUGUAUUUAUAACAAUUCUUUUUAACUUAAAAAUAAUAAGUAUUCUUACACACACAUAUAUAUGUGUGUCUAUAUAUACACACACACAUAUAUAUA